AUGAGUUCCAUCUUGACACAUCUUUCACCACACUCUCUUUACCAGUCAAUACUCAGCAACAAUAUGGGAAACAAGUUAAAGGGCGCAAAGCGUCAAAACGAUAAACUAGUUACAAGCCCAAAUGCAAAAAAAGUAAAAUUAAAUAAUCAAACUCCAAAAGUUACCCAAAAAGAUUCUGAUUCAAGUAGUGAAGAUUUAUCAGUAAGUGAAGAAGAGGAGAGUGAAGAGGAUGAAGGAUCAGCAAGUGAGUCAGAUGACUUGGAUGAUGAUGAAUUAGACGAUUUAGACGAGGAUGAAUUGGAUCAGGACGAGUUGGAUGAACUUGACGAUGUUGAAGUUGGCGACCAUGAGGAGGAGAAGGAAAAUCAACCAAAGCCAGUUGAUCCAAGUAAAAAGACGUCAAGAGAACAACACUCCGAGCAAAGAAAGUUAUUAAGUGACAGAAAAUUGCAGAGGAAAUCUGGGGCCAAGGUUCAAGAUAUCAAGAAAUUAUGGGAAAAACUCAGAGUCAAUCAACCAGCACCAACAAAAGCUCAACGUGAUAAAUUGUGUGACGAAAUAUGGGAAUUGUCACAUGAUGUCAUUAAUGACUUAGUUUUGAAACACGAUGCAUCGAGAGUAGUUCAAACAUUGGUCAAAUAUUCAAACAAGGAGAGAAGAGACAAAAUAGUUGAUGCAUUAAAAGGCUCCUUCUAUCAAUUAGCCACUUCUGCAUAUGGUAAAUAUUUACUCAUCAAAAUAUUACAUUAUGGAUCUAAAGAAGCUCGUGCAGUCAUUGUUGAUGAACUACAUGGUAAGCUUCGUAAAUUGAUGAGACAUAGAGAAGGUGCAUACGUUGUUGAAGAUUUAUUUGUCUUGUAUUCGACUGCUGCACAAAAACAACAAAUGAUUAGAGAGUUUUGGGGAAGCGAAUACGCCGUGUUUAGAGAUUCCGGUAAAGGAAAAACGGUUGUUGAUAUAAUAAGAGAAUCAUCAGAAAAGAAACAAUUGAUUAUGCAAAAUUUAUAUGGAACCAUCAAAGCAUCAGUUGAAAAGGGAUCAACUGGGUUCCAAAUUUUGCAUGCAGCUAUGAAGGAAUAUGUGAGUAUAUUGAUUGAAAACAUAGAUGCAAAUGAAUCCGCCAUCAGAGAUUUUAUCGAUUUGUUGAGUGAACAAUUUGCCGAAUUGGUUCAUACCCAAGAAGGGUCAGAAGUUGCAUGUUGUUUAAUUGCGUUGGCGAACGCAAAGGAAAGAAAAGGAAUUAUCAAAAGUUUAAAAACACACAGACAGGAGUUGAUCAAGAACGAAUAUGGAAAUGUUGUUCUAAUUACAUUGUUUAUGGCUGUUGAUGACACCGUUUUGACCUACAAAUCGUUUUGCAGUGAAAUGUUUACUUCAGAAGAGCUUCCUCCAUUAGCUCAAGACAAGUUCUCCAGAAGACCUAUUUUGUACAUUUUGCGUGGCUUGGAUGGAAAAUAUUUUGCUCCAAAUGUCAAACAAGCCUUAUUGAAGUACCAAGAAUUGGCUUAUAAAAAGACCUCAAAGAAGGACAAAGACAUUAAAAGGCAAGAGUUGUUUGAUAAAUCAAUUGAACCAAUUUACAAGGCAUUACUUGAAAGUCGUGAGAGUGGCGAAUUUGAUAAGUUGUUAUCGGUUAAUAUUGGUGCACAAUUUGUCACUGAUCUUUUAACGACUCCAACCACCAAUGAAAGAGUCAACACCAAAUAUAGACCAGAAUUGUUGGACACAUUCUUUGACAAAAUCAUAAAGGGAGACGUGUUGGAAGAUUAUCACUUGUUAAAUAAAACGCCCUUUAUGUCGAGAUCGGUAAAAGCCUUGAUGCAUGGAAACCAAUUCAAAUUCAACAAUGAAGCCAAAAAAUUGAUUCAAGUUGAAGAUGCUGUUGAAAUACCUGGGGUUGGUGUCGUAUUUGCUGAAAAGACAGUCGACGAAAUAUUGAAUGAUGAUAAAUUGAGUAACUGGACCAGUGGACAACCAGCAUUUGUCUUGGUUGCAGCUUAUGAAGUUUUGCAAUUGGCAAAUUCAAAAAAGACCAAGACGUUACAACAACAGUUGAAAAGGGAAAAGAAAAACUUGUCAAAAGAAGAUAAAGGUUCAAACCUUUUAUUAGAACUUAUAUAG